UUUGCCCGUGUGCGCAUGCGCGUCGUCGUCGCGGCCGGGAAUUGGCUCUCCUCCGUCGUCAGCGGCUGCUGCUGCCGCCGCUGCUGGUGGCGCGGCGCUCCGGGGACGCCGGCGUCGUGUUUUUGGCAUAUGCUUGUCGGCGCCUGAGCUCCGUCCGCUGCGCCCCGGGCCUCCCUGUGCCGCCGCCGCCGCCCGCCCCGCCGGGGAUGCUGAGCAAAGGGGCGCUGCAGCGCGUGCUCUCCGCCGUCAACAGGAGGAGGAGGAUGAAGCUGCUCAUGGGGCUCGCCCUGGUCGCCUACGUCGCCUGUAAGUGCCCGGGCAGGGUGGGUGGGUGGGUGGCGGCUCCCAUUCAUUCGCCUCUUCCCAAAAUGGAGGGGGGUCACCGCGCGCUUUCCCUCUGUUUUUCAUUUUUGCAAAUUGCAGCAGCCGAGGGGUUGCACCAAACGCUGGAAGGAAGGCAAGGAGGGAGGAGAGCGACGUGGUGGGGAGACACAUGUGACAUAGCAAUUCCUCCGCCUUCUUCUUUUGCAAAAGGUUCUGGGGGGAGUCAAGAGUUUCUGGUGGAAGUUUGCAAAGUCCCCGUCGCUUCUUGACGUAUUUGUUUUUCAGCGGCAGCCGGCAGGAGGGAAACCUCUUGAUGGCGGUUUCUGCCCCUUUGGGUGGCUGGGGGGGGGGAGGGGGGGUGUCGUCCAAACUUUGUUGUUGUUUAGUCGUGUCCGACUCUUCGUGACCCCAUGGACCAGAGCACGCCAGGCACUCCUGUCUUCCACUGCCUCCCGCAGUUUGGUCAGACUCACAUUAGUAGCUUCGAGAACACUGCCCAACCAUCUGGUCCUCUGUCGUCCCCUUCUCCUUGUGCCCUCCAUCUUUCCCAGCACCAGGGUCUUUUCCAGGGAGUCUUCUCUUCUCAUGAGGUGGCCAAAGUAUUGGAGCCUCAGUUUCACAAUCUGUCCUUCCAGGGAGCACUCAGGGCUGAUUUCCUUCAGAAUCAAUAGGUUUGAUCUUCUUGCAGUCCAUGGGACUCUCAAGAGUCUCCUCCAACACCAUAAUUCAAAAGCGUCCAAACUUUAGCAAAGUCUAAAAGCAAAAUGCUCCAAACCUCCGACCGUGAAUGUGCCUCCAGGUUAGGCCCCAAGUCCGUAUUUGAACACUGACCAGAGUGUGCUUUGAGAUUUUGUGGUGUGUAUUUGGCAGUGGAGGAGAGAAGCUUCUCUGUGUUCUCAGGUGAUGGCAGUGUAACAGUUAUGUCUACACAGGAGUAAGCCCUGCUAAAUUAAAAAAAGGUAAGUGGAGUCAGCAUCGCAGGCUGAAUCAAACAGAAAGAUAGUUGUGUCCUGUGCUUAUGAUUUGUAUUUACCACAGCUGUGUCUCUUUUUAGCUGGGAAACCUAAUAAAAACAUUCUGCUGCUGGUUCUCUGAAUUAAACCAAUGGCUUGUUCACAGGACCUGUUUCCAGUGUCCAGGCUUAUAUUCUCUCUCUUUCUCUCUUCACCUGCCCCCCUCCCCCUGCCAGGGUUGCAUUGUGGCAAAUGUCCAUCUCACCACCACAAGCAGGGUUUGCCUUUUCACAUCCAUUAGGAGGUAUCGGUCAGUUUGAGGAUAUUUAUGGAAAUGUGCUGGAAAGGAGCACAUAAGGAGGCUCCUUCUAGACUAAGGCCCGCUUGUGGGCUUUUCCCACUGGGUGUGUGUGUGCACAAAUGUCACGACAGUAGAUCCUGAUGUUUUGUACCAUUGCAAAUAUCGGGUUUGACUGGUAGCGAAGUAUCUGGCAUUGUAUGUGCAAAAGAAGAAUCAGAUGACCUGUCAGCAGUAAGCACAGUACAACCUGUAAGCACAGUGCCAAUCUGUAGAAAAAGUUGUCCGUGUUUGUCUCGGUGUCACAUAGGCUGAGGAGAACCUUGUAUGCCAUCCUGACGCCAUGGAGGCAGGGCACUAUAAAAGUGUAAUAAAGAGAAAUGGCAAUUUUUCGCAUCCCACAAAUAGUUCACAGCCUGAACUAAUUAAGUAAUAACUUGUACUUUAAUUGACCUUGCUGUGGCUAACCUCUUCAACUCUGCUACUGCCUGAAGAGGUUUUCCACAGAGGUUUGCGCAGAACAAACGCACAGAGGUUUUGCGCAGAGGAAACAUACUGGACAGGCAGAUAUUCCACACAUGUUUUGUAACAUGAAGGCUGCAGCAGCGAGGAAGUUGAACAUAAAUCCUGGGAGAACCCUCUUGUCCAGCAUUCCCCAACCAAGCCCCCUUCAGGUGUCGUUGGACUAGAGCUCCCAUCAUCCCUCACCAUUCACCACAGUGGCUGGGGCUGAUGAGAAUUAUAGUCAAAAAUAUGGGAGGAACAACAGAUUGGAGAAGAUGGAUAUAACCAGGGCUUUUUUCCCCAUCAGGAACUCAGUUCUGGUACCUCUCAGGUGGGUGCCAUUGACUUUAUAAGAGAACAAGGGAGGCAUUCAUGGUGGGCACCUCUUUCUAGAAAGACAGCACAGGAUAUAACCCACAGGGCUAGAUCAGGCAGGUGCCUUCCCCAUGGUCUGCUACUGAAGUGAUCAAAGAUCAGACCUGAGACUUUCUGCAUGCAGAUCAUCUGCUUUCCCACUCAGCUGUAGUUUAACGUGGGCCUUGCUUUAGAGUCUGCGCACUGACAUGGCUCUGUUGUUUUUGCUGCAGAAGGAAGGCAAGAGUCCAUUUCUGCUUUAGGUAACAGUGGUCAAAUCCCUGAAUGUGGUGGCAGUGGAAGGAAGUAGUACAAUAAAAUACAAUAUAGUAUUUAAAAGCAACAAAAAUACAAUUAAAAAUUAAUAUAAAUAUUUAAUUUGAUGUGCUGUUCUUUUUUUCUUCUUCAACCAUUAAUCCACAGACACCAUGCGGACCACCUGAAUGACGCUUGUGGAAUAAUGAUUGUCCAAACCAUGGGCCACAGUUCGGAAACCUAUGGUUUAGCGCUUUUUGUACAUUCAGGCUUACACAUUUCAGGGUUGCAAUAUAGGCACAUCUGAUGCACUAUCUUGUUGCACCGAUAAGGAGCGAGGAGAAAAUCCCCAGAGUUUUCCUGGUGGCUCAUAGCAGUUUCCACUCCGCUUAAAAGGAGAAACAAACAACAGUCCAGAUAGAGCAGUAGGCAAACUAAGGGCACGCUCUUCUUUGCGUAAUAUAAUGUCUCCAGGGUUUCCUUAUUUAGGAGCAUUGUAGUCAUUUAAUGUAAGGACAAGCCCUAGGGCUUCAGCUUAUUGCUUUAACUGGUGAAGUAAUGCUUACAUUCUAAAGUAUGUUGUAGACAUCGCCUCUUGUCUUGGGUGGUCCAGAAAGGCCUAGAAAUAUUUGAGUAAGUAAGUGGGUAAUGAAAGAAAGUAUUUGAGUGUGUUUGUUGAAAGUGUGCCUCAGGUUUAUUUCAGCUACUUAACUGGCAUAGCCUAUGUGUGUAGUGGAAUGGGCUUGUAAUCUUCAGCAAGGUGUGUUAGUUGUUACAGUUGCUGCACAUUUGAAAACUCCUAGUAUUAUUAUUAAUAAUAGUAAUUAAGAAUAGAAAUGUUUCACAAACUAGUACACGUAAGCAAGAGGGUGGAGAUGUGGAGGAGGGACUUGUAUUUCUUGUCCCUAGUUAUGGUACAAACAAUAUCCACUUGGGUGCCUAAGAUGCUGACUAGUUUUGUGACACCGCUCCCAUCUAGCCCGCCAUGCAAGUGUUCAGUUUUAACAGUGGGGUUUUUUUUUUUGAUGGACAUUCUAUAAUUUGUGUAAAUUGCUUAGAGGUUGCGGGUGGUUAAGCAGUAUGUAAAUUCCCAUGAGUAAAUAAUAUUCCCCAUAGCAGUCACAAUAGUAUGCUAGCUAGGCAAAAAGCGUUGCGCUGUCAAAGGCACAAAAUAUUUCACUUCUGAGUGCUCAGAAAUUGCUACUCGGCAAUAAAAGCAUUUAUUUAACAGAAAUAACGCAACAAAUUUCUCUUGAAAGCACAGAAUCCGAAAGGCCAUUGAGGUGAACUUUUAAGUUCCUCUGGAAUGGUAGCGGUCUCAGUAGCUUAACUCGAGGUAGUAAAUUAUGUGUUACUAAGCGGGUGGCGCUGUGGUGUAAACCACUGAGCCUUGGGCUUGCCGAUCAGAACGUCGGCGGUUCGAAUCCCUGCAACGGGGUGAGCUCCCGUUGCUCGGUCCCAGCUCCUGCCAACCUAGUAGUUCGAAAGCACGUCAAAGUGCAAGUGGAUAAAUAGGUACAGCUUCAGCGGAAAGGUAAAUGGCAUUUCCGUGAGCUGCUCUGGUUCGCCAGAAGCAGCUUAGUCAUGCUGGCCACAUGACCCGGAAAACUGCGGACAAACGGCUCCCUUAGCCAGUAAAGCGAGAUGAGCGCUGCAACCCCAGAGUCGUUCGCGACUGGAGUUAACUGUCAGGGGUCCUUUACCUUUACCUUUUUAAGGGAGGAAUGAUCAUUGCUCACUGCUGUUCUAUAUAUUGUGUUGUUUUUCUGUGUAUGUUUGCUUUGUGAGAGAUUGGCCCCAGAGCAACAAAUAAAUAAGUAUUUUCUGAAAGGGUGAUAUGUUUUGUUGUUGCUGAUUUUCUUCAGUUCUCUGUAGAAGUCAGAUAACGCUUAAGUGCAGUAGCUUUUAAUAGCUGAGAAGAUCGAUCCAAUUCUGCAGGUCGAUGCGCUGGCAAUAGCUGUCUUGAUGCUUCCUUGAAAAAUGAUUAAGUGGUUUUGUGGCAAUGGCCUAUCUCCACCCCCUUAUUUCAGAAUUGCCAUUACAGGAAUAGUUCUGUGAAUGAUUCAUAUUUGGAAUAUGGUAAAAUAUUAGCAUUUACAUACUGAAACGAAAAACUAGGUGCAGUUCAUCCAAAACAAAGGCAUUAUUUAGAUUCUAAGGAACAUGUACUUGUGGCUGAAUGUUUUUCAGAGCCAUCAAGGUAGCUUCUGUACCAGAGCAAGGCUGAAAUCCAGGUUCAGAGGUGUCCAGUUAAUGCGAUACAGUGGGUGAAAUAAUGCCUGCCAAGUCAAAGAGAUAGAGGGUGGGAUUCAACUAAAUGCGUCCCAUCAGCUUAAGGAUUUCUGCUUGUGCAGUGGGACUUUUACCUUUCCCCCUGCAUGUCCCUACACCUGCCCCAAAUGUGCUCCAGGGGGUUGGAGUGAAUCCCUAGAACAGAUUUUGGGGGGUCUGGGUCGGGGAAGAGAGAGAUAAUGUUCCAAGGUGCAAGCAGAAAUCAUCGCACUGACAGAACGAUCACCCAGCGCUAAGGUGGAUGCAACCCAUUGUCAUCAACUUUAAAGCGAAUGCUUGCUUGCUGAAGCUUGGAGCAUAAAAUCAAACUUAAUCUUGGCCUUCAUGGAAAGUAUAUCAUUUUUUGACACGUCUGCUCUCAAAGAUAGGUGCACCAUGACUUAGUCUGGUGUGGGUAAAGUGCCUAAAAUUGUAAUGUGUCUAAUUAACUCUUAUGGUUCUGUAAUUAAAUCGCGACAGGAACAAUUGGCUCAUUGUCCGCUGUAGUUAAUGGUAAAAUGCAGCUAAUGGAUUCACAAGCACGGCUUUUAGGGCGGGUUGGUGGCUUUGAAGUUUCUUGAAGUUAAUAAAAGAAUUGCCUUUCUGUUUAUGCAACCCGAUAGGGUCUUGUGACUAAAUAUCAGCUCCAUCAGAGGAACUGUUGCCACAGCACUUGUUUGAGCUUUUGUUUCCAGUGUUUUCCGUCAAACAAUGCGCACCCGUUUUGCCAGAAUGGAGUCGCUUAGAACUAUGCAGCAAGGCAGUUUUUAAGGUAGAAAAAAUAAAUAAAUAACUACACUGCUCCCCUCCCAGCUCCAAUACGUGGUAUAGCAUGUGAAGCGAAAAUUUUCUUAAUUUGGAUGCUUUCCUGUCUUCCCAGCUAUUGCCCAUUAAAGGUAAAGGUAAAGGGACCCCUGACCAUUAGGUCCAGUUGUGGCCGACUCUGGGGUUGUGGCGCUCAUCUCGCUUUAUUGGCUGAGGGAGCUGGCGUACAGCUUCCGGGUCAUGUAGCCAGCAUGACUAAGCCUCUUCUGGCGAACCAGAGCUGUGCACGGAAAUGCCGUUUACCUUCUUGCCGGAGCGGUACCUAUUUAUCUACUUGCACUUUGACGUGCUUUCGAACUGCUAGGUUGGCAGGAGCAGGGACUGAGCAACGGGAUUCGAACCGCCGACCUUCUGAUCGGCAAGUCCUAGGCUCUGUGGUUUAACUCACAGCGCCACCCGCGUCCCAUGCCUUCCCAGUUAUUGCCCAUUAAUUACUCCCUAUUGAUCACCCAUUUCCUCUUUUCAGACUGCUAAAUUGCUAUGUUUCUCAUUAGCUGGCUUCUCUCACCUACAUCAAGAGAGUUUCUGGCAGCUGCCGUUGGUUGCAUCCAGAAGGUGUGGCGUCUGUUGUAAGGUCCUACUGUUUUGGUGCUGUUGGUGGGACACAUUUAAACAUUUUCAGCAUUGACUAUGCCCGAUUCUCAUGAGCACUUGUGCGUGAUCUGCUCGCAGGCAUGCUUUCGGCUCUCUUUCAGCGGAUUUAUUGCUCCUGUGCAUCGUUCCCUUAAUUCACACGAAUGAUAAGCAUCCUAAAAAGCGAGUGUGGGCAGAGCACAAGAGGGAAUCCUUACCUGGGGUUUUAGUUCAUUUCAGUUACGUUCACUAUAUCUGUGCCUCCUUUGAAACGAAGUGCUUGUUCAUCUUGGCUUGGAGGCUUCUGUUGCCUUUUCCUCCAAGGAUCAGUUUAAAAGCUGUUCUAUCACCUUUUUCAUUUUAAGCACCCAUCAGCCUUAGAAAAUACCAUAUUUUCCCAUGUAUCAGACUGUUUUUUCCUUUAAAAAGCAUGCUAAGAAGUGGGGGUCGUCUUAUACAUGGGUAGUACAUAGGGUGGACGUUUGAUUGGUUGCUACCACGUCUGUCAGCAGCUAUUGCGCGUGUGAUUGGUUGCUGCGUCAAUGGGUGGUAUUGAUUGGCUGACACUGGGACAGAUGGGAGGCGGAUUUUGCGACGUGUGUGGGUGAGCGAUUUUCUGCAUCCCCCCUAAAGAAAAGCUCAACCCUGAGUAUUCCCUCCCCCAAAAAGUUUAACAACCCUGUGCCAUCUUCCCCCAUUUUCUUAAACCUGAGUUCCUAAAAAUAGGGGGCGUCUUAUACAUGGGGGCGUCUUAUAGCUGGAAAAGUACGGUACUUUGAUUCUGCGAAGGAUGCGCAUUAUUAGGAAGGCAUGCUUAAAAUCUGGGGCAGGUUUGUUGAUUUGUUCCCAUGGCUCUUGGCAACCCGGCUGGCUAGCAACCAGUCCAUUAAGUGUGUCUUGUGUAGUGAAUGGGCCUUGGAAGUGUGUAGACAUGCCCUUAAGGCAAAUUAAGGUCACUGAAUAAAUGCUUUGUGGUGUGUGGGUGUUUGUGUUCUGUGCACUCCUCAGGGCAACUUGCAACAAUUUUAAAUUACAAGGCCAUAGAACAUACUAAAACGCACACACACACUGUUCAAAGAAGCUUAAUCAGGUAUCAAAGAAUUUGAAUGUUUACUGUGUCUGGAUUCAGAAUACUGUAUAUUAAAGAGAAGGUUGGAAUUGUUGCUUUCUUUCGCACAUAAUGGUCAGCUUGUUAAAUUUAUAAAGCCAUCAUCGAAAGAAUAAAAUCACACUUUACUGAUGAUGGUUAUUUCAGUUUUCUCCCAUAUUUUCUUAAUAGUUUUAAAGUAAUUAAGUGUUUCUGGGUGCUCUUACUGUGAUCAGUAGCUUAAAACAACAAACGAUUUUUAAAAUGCAAGAACACUAAUUAAAAUGCAUUUGAUACUAUUUUCUCUGUAGACAAAUAAGAAAGAGCUAGCAUUCUGUUUUCAGUCACAUUCACAGCCAGGAAGUGUUUGGAAGCUUGCUUGCAUUUCUUGUAUAUCUUUAAGCCACUCAUCCAUAGUAGAACUUAAUGGUAAAUCAUCAUGCAGUGUAAUAUGCCACGUGCUGUUAUUCAUCUGAGUUUGCAUUUACCUAAUUUUAAGACCUGCCAAGGAACAGAUGAUUCUGUCCUGAUAUGUAAAACCAUAGAAUUCAAAGAAGGCGAACUCCCACCCCCAAUGACUGUAUAUCUGAGUUUCUGACACAGCCAGGCAGAGACAUUCCUUUCCACCCAGAACUGCAAUAGUACGGAAAAACCAACUCCCCAUUCCCCAGCUGGUUGGCAGAGGAGCAGGGGUGGGGUGCUCUGUAUCUGUGGGACGCGGAUGGCGUUGUGGUCUAAACCACUGAGCCUCUUGGGCUUGCCGAUCAGAAGGUUGGCGGUUCAAAUCCCUGCGACACAGUGAGCUCCCGUUGCUCUGACCCAGCUUCUGCCAACCUAGCAGUUCGAAAGCACACCAGUGCAAGUAGAUAAAUAGGUAUCACUGCGGUGGGAAGGUACACGGUGUUUCUGUGUCCUCUGGUUUCCGUUACAGUGUUCCGUUGCACCAGAAGCGGUUUAGUCAUGCUGGCCACAUGACCCGGAAAGCUGUCUGUGGACAAACGCCGGCUUCCUCAGCCUGAAAGCGAGAUGAGCGCCGCAACCCCAUAGUCGCCUUUGAUUAGACUUAGCCGUCCAGGGCUCCUUUACCAUUUUUUGCUCUGUGUCUUCACGUCUGUGCUCUGCACUCAAGUCUCUGCAUGCACAAGAGAGAAUGUGGGGUAGCUGCUCCCACUUCUGCUUUGGCCAUUCUCUGUCGCCACCAGGAGCUGGGUUCUUGGGAAGCUUUGGCCAACAGGGAACAUGGCUGUCAACCGGAGAAAGGAGUUGGCCACUCUUAACGAUAUGUAGAAUAUUUCCAUGUGAAACCACUAAACGAGAAAGCACCCAGGGAGCAAGACAAGUGAUUCACAAACAUCCAUUCCUCUCAAAGAACAAUUGUCCCCCCGCCCUCAGUGGCUGUUGACAGUCAAAAUUUCAAUACAGUACUGCCUAAAAAUAGGCACAGCCCAGAUGCGAAAGGACGUGGGUGGCGCUGUGGGUUAAACCACAGAGCCUAGGGCUUGCCGAUCAGAAGGUCGGCGGUUCGAAUCCCCGCGACGGGGUGAGCUCCCGUUGCUCGGUCCCUGGUCCUCCCAACCUAGCAGUUCGAAAGCAUGUCAAAGUGCAAGUAGAUAAAUAGGUACCGCUCCGGCGGGAAGGUAAAUGGCUUUUCUGUGCGCUGCUCUGGUUCGCCAGAAGCGGCUUAGUCAUGCUGGCCACAUGACCCGGAAGCUGUACGCCAGCUCCCUUGGCCAAUAGAGCGAGAUGAGCGCCGCAACCCCAGAGUCGGCCACGACUGGACCUAAUGGUCAGGGGUCCCUUUACCUUUGCCUUUACCAGAUGCAAAAAUGAGACCCAGGCCCAGCUCUCAGGUUUUGUAAACUGAAGAGGCAAUCUGCACAAGGGAGGUGCAGAGGAGAAAAAACACAGAGAAGAGAAAUGCCUUUGACAAUGCCAGAAUAAAUUAGGGAACUGUAAGCAGGCCUUUGUAUCUAUCUGACAUUCUUCCUUGACUACAAUGGUGUGAGUUCCUGAGGGGGGUGAAGGUGACUUUGGUCUUCUGGCCAGCAGCAGAAGCCGAAGCUGCUUCACACCUUGCACUUCUUGGAGCAGCUCGGGUUCUUUGUGGACAAGGAACCCGAUGUCUGGGGCCAGGCUGGCAUUUAUUUUACCUCAUGAGUUCUUCCUCCCAGGGGUCCUUGUUCUUCUGGGCCAGGAGCAGGGGACACCAGGCGGUAAGGAUUGAAUGCACCGCCGCCCCAUACUCUCUUCACCAGCUCUGCUUUACCCCUCAAGCAUUUCUGCCAGGUUGAAAUGCGUCCUUAAACUGCCACAAUGCCUCUUUCUUGCGUGAUGAGAGAGAUUUGUGUCAGUGCGUAUGGAAGCUAGCUUACUGUGCAGAGCUGAACAGUUACAUCCAUUGCGCUGCCUGCUCUUGCCUCUGUGCCACCACCCCUCCCCGGCAUGUUGACCCAUGGAAGGUUGCCCCUCUCUGACUUAUCAUUGAUUUGUAGAGUGGGAAGAGACCACAAGGCUCAUCUAGUCCAACCCACUGCAAUGCAGGAAUCUUUUACCCAACGUGGGACUCAAACCCACAAUGCUGAGGUCAAGGGUCUUCAUGGCGCCCCUUUCAAACAUGAUGUGUGCUCAGUGGGGCAUACGAUGCAGGAAAGUGGAAAAUUAAGGACCAUUUAGUUUGCUAGAGGAUUUCUAUGCAUAUGGUACUUCUGUAAAUAAAAUAACUUGUAACCUGGUGGUAUCUAGUCAUAUCUGAUGGCUUUUUUCUGGUGUGCCGCCGCCUGUGGGAAGCUUCACAGAAUAGUCUAGUAUGAUUGUUGUAUGUGAUGAUAAUACAGUGGUACCUUGGGUUACAUACGCUUCAGGUUACAGACUCCGCUAACCCAGAAAUAGUACCUCGGGUUAAGACCUUUGCUUCAGGAUGAGAACAGAAAUCACGUGGCGGCGGCGUAGCAGCAGCAGGAGGCCCCAUUAGCUAAAGUGGUACCUCAGGUUAAGAACAGUUUCAGGUUAAGUACAGACAUCCAGAACGAAUUAAGUUCUUAACCCGAGCUACCAAUGUAUACGUGUUGUACGUUAUUUCCUACUUGGAAACCUUCUGUGAAGUAAUUUGUAUGGGAAGGAGAAGUAUAUUAAGCACAUCCAGAUUUGGGCUACCUGAAGCUUGUUGCAGCUUGAAAUGCUGAAUGUUUUCCUGACUGUGACAAUUAACAUUCAGUACUUUGGGAGGGCUAAUUAUUUUGGGAUAUUUCAGCAUCCCAAAAGUCCAAUAAUCAUUUGAUAUAUACAGUAUGACUUGUUUUCUGGAAUACCUGCUCUUACCCUAAUGAAGCUCACCUCGUUAAUACUUGAAAUGAAUGUCUUCUGAAUUGAUUUAAAAAUAUUUUCAAGCAACACUAAUUAAUUCUUCUUCUUUUCCCACAGCUGUAUGGGGCAAUGUACUCAACAUGAGGUAACAACGACUGCUUCUUUUUCCCCUUUUGUAUGUCUGUGAGGAUGUGAAGUAGAAUUAUUCUUUCUGUCAGAACAACAACAACAAAAAGUAUCUUUUCCCCCAACCUUCCUUUCCUUCUUCCAUGGAAUGGAAGAUAACAGGAAACAUUCAGUUUCUCUGAUUAAAAAUGUUGUCGUCAGCCACAAAUUUUUGGCGUGAGAAGAAAAAAGUGGCAGUUGAAAAGGCCCAUCCACAAGUGUGGGACAAGGCCCUAUAACUAUUCUGCCCUCCCCCCCUUUACUGUCUCUUCCCCUUUCUCCUUCCUGGGGUGCAAACUCGGGAACAACAGUGAUAGAUUUGUCAUUAGUGAAGGCAUUGCAUGAGUCCUCCAGGAGCAUUUUUUAUGCUGGAGUUAAUAUAUGAGUGGCAUGCUGCUGUUUUUGAAAGGAGCAUGCCUCUUUGAGCAAUAUCUCAGUUGGGAUUAGCCAUGCAAAUGUCCUUCAGAAGAUUAUCAGAGUGGGGAAGAGAUUGUCACUGUUGUCUUUGCAAAAACUAUGGGCCUUGUCCAAUGUUAACCAUUCCAUUCACUCUAUAGACUUCUGCUUGUCUAAUGAAACUUCUUUCUCUUCUUCCUUUGCACCCUCAAAAAUCUGCUCCGGGGGAUUGUCUGGAGCAGAAUUUGUGGGCGUGCAGGAAGAGAAGGGGGAAUACAUCCUGUCUGUUUGCACAGUGUUAGAUACAACUCUAUAUCCUUGACUUCCUAUGCCCCAAUUCUUUUGUGUGUGCUUUGCAGUCAGUGUUCCAAAAGCUUUAUCAAUUAUUACGAGAUUGCAUUCAGCAGAACUGUGUUUCCGAAAAUAACUGUACGCUCCUUCCAAAGAAAGAAAGAAAAAGGCCACUCCUGCUUCCCGUUGUAAGUGGAGAGUCAGAUUGGAUUACUCCAUUGGUAAAAAUAAACAUUUACUGGUGCUAAUCCUGUGGCUGAAAGUGACCUGGGUUCUUUGCUGUAGAAAAUCCAUAUAACUGUGUGGGUUUCAUAGGCUCUGAUUGUGUUAUCAGCACUUGAUGCCCAUAAGAUUAAACAAGUUCGGCUGAGGAUGUGGUUUCACCCAGUGAACCUUUUCUACAAACGACUCUUAAGGUAACAAAACAGUUUUAACUCUGGAGUAGCUAACCUCUGUCCCUUCAGAAGUUGCUGGACUCUUGACUCCCAAUAUCCCCUGCCAGCACGGUCAGCAACUGGGGAUGAUGGGCGGUUGCAUACAACCACUGAGGGCCAGAGGUUAAUCACUCCUGGUUUAAUUCUCUUACUCCAGAACAAGGGCAUAUAUAGCCACAGGUUUCUGGUGUAUGAAAGGGCACAGGAUUGACUUGUAACUUUCAGGGGCUUCCCACACUUUUUAUAGAGCAUCAUAUCUGGGAUAGCGUUUAUGCAAAGGUGUGCAUGACCCAAGCUUCAGAUCACGCACGACAUUCUAUGUGCAGGAGCUGGGUCUGCACAAACUCAAGAGUUUUUCUUUGUGUGCAUCCUACAUGCUAUGCAGCUGUGUCAAUGUGUUUUCCCCAAACCUGGGUCUCCCAACUGUUGUUGGACUACAACUCCCAUCAUCCCUGGCUAGCAGGACUGGUGGUCAGGGAUGAUGGGAGUUAUAGUCCAACAACAACUUUGAGAAGUUUGAGGGAAAACUGACCUAUGUUGUGAAACAAUUCUUACAAACAUAGGAAUACUUGUGGAGGGUUUUCCCCCUUUGGUGAACCCCAUGUAGGGUUUCCCAACUAAGUUUUGUACUCUUUAGGUGUGGCAGAAGGAAUUGGAAGUUGUUGUUGGAUUCUACCUUGCAUCAUCCCUGACAAUUGGCUAUGCUAGCUAAGGCUGAUGGGAGUUGGAGUCCAACAACAUCUGGAGGUUCCCCAUCUCUACAGUAAGUCUGCAACUUACAGUGGUGCCUCGCAAGACGAAAUUAAUCCGUUCCGCGAGUCUCUUCGUCUUGCGGUUUUUUCGUCUUGCGAAGCACGGCUGUUAGCGGCUUAGCGGCUAUUAACGGCUUAGCGGCUUUAAGAAAAAGGAAACAAACUCGCAAGAACUCGCAAGACGUUUCGUCUUGCGAAGCAAGCCCAUAGGGAAAUUCGUCUUGCGGAACGACUCAAGAAACGGAAAACUCUUUCGUCUUGCGAGGCAUUCGCCUUGCGAGGCACCACUGUACACUCAUUUAACUUGUGCGCAUUCAGUUUUACAUGCUUGGCAUUGUUUUUUUAAACAAAAUUUAAAAGGCGGGCAAGCCUCUUGGGGAGGGGAAGACUUUGGCAACCCCACCCAAAAUUGCACCCAAUGACUAUGCCCAAUUUUGGCUUUAGGUGUGAUCCCCGUAAAGUCACCCCCAUGGAAAUUGAGGGCUUACUCUAUUCUAGCUGAACUUCUAUCGCUGGAUUUGGUGGAUCUUUGGCCAUUUUUAAAGUUUUCCUUAUGGUUUUCUUCCCAACAGGUCUAUCCAGGAUAAUAGUGAUCAGAAAGUAGAAAAUAAGAUUGAAGAGGUCAGUACGCUGGAUAAUCCAGUAUUAUAAUCCUUGCUUUCCCCACAGUCAGCAUUUUGCAGACUUUCACUGUUUUACUUUCGGUGUCAGCCUUCUUUCCUUUCAAUUCUGUCCCCUCGGUGGAGCUGCCACUUUUAUUUUUCUUCUCUUCAAAUGUUGCCAAAGCUCAUAGUCAUUCGGCUCCACGCCAGUGUGUUGCUUUGUAGAUAAUAAGAAGAAGAAGAAGAAGAAGAAGAAGAUGUCUUCCUUUAACAUUCAUACUUUGAGAUCCUACUUGUUAGCUGUAAAUAAUAAUAUAUAUAAAACAAUUUUCAUUUGCCCCCCCCCCCCAUAUCUUUGUGGGUGGUUGUAACACAUUCAUCAGUGUUCGUAAAAUAUAUAAAUGCAGUAAUAAUGCAACCAAAAUAAUGCAAGCUCCUUCUCUUUGCACACCAAAUGUCUGCUUCCGGUGUAUGUCAGGAUUGAAAUGGGUCAUGGGAGUAAAAUGCUGGUUUCCUGUUGGCAUUCUUUAUCUUGGUUUCAGUGCUGCUAAUAUGCAGCUAACUGCAGCACCCACCCCUCAAUUCUUUAUGGCUGUGUCAUCUUGUAAAGCUAAACUAAACCAUGACUUAAUGUAACAAUGGAAGAAUGGUUGUCAAAAUUAAUGGACUUAGCUGAGAUAGCAAAAUCGACAUGUUUAAUCAGGGGAAAGUCAGUGUUAACAUUUACUAAAGAUUGGUUUUAAAUUAUUGUACCCCACCUUACUUGUGCUGGUUUAUAAGGAUUUGAUUAUGACUAAAGAUUGGAAACCUCUCGUAGACUUUGGUGUGAAAAAAGGAAAUAAUGACGCUUGGAUUUGGGGAUUGAAGAUAAAGUUUGUUCAUAGAAAGUGGUUUCGUUGGGUGUUAUAUUGGAGUGGAUGAAGUGAAUAUUGUUUAUAUAUAGCAGAUGAAGAAUCGGAAGUUCUUUAGUUUCCAAACUUUAUCUUUUCUAUCUCUUUCUUAUUAGCUUCCUUUUUCCCCUUUUUCUGUAUGUCUUUAUCUUAUUUUGACUAAUGUUGAAUAAAAAAGAUAUUUGAUAGUAAGUUUUGUAUUUUUUCUAUGAACAUUUUUAUUUUAAAUAACAAACUGUGGCUUAAUGUGAAAGUGCUGGUUCCCAAGGAGGAGAUAGCAUCUACCGGUACUUUGUUUUUCCCUUGUGCCUUAGCUCAGUGUGGCAACUAAGCCAGAGUUUGGCGUAGGGUGUUGUCUGAACCCAGGAUCACAGCCAAAGCUCUCUCUCCUCUUUUAACUAUGAUCUGUAGUUUAAAAACAAAUCUUGAUUUGUUGUUCUUGCGGGGAAAUAUAUUGAUGCAAGGAAACCACACUGGGUGUUAACUGUCACUUUUGCCUUUAGGUUGUCGCGCCUUUAAGAGAGAAGAUCCGAGAACUGGAGAAAAGGUACCUUCUAAAAGCCACGGCGACUGAAAUGGCUUCAGAUAGAUGUUACAUAGGGCAUUGGGGACGCAGUGAAACCUUGCUUGACCCCACAGCACAGCAGCAGUGGAGCAGACCAUAGCUCGCUUAAUGCAACUCUUUGGAAAUGGUUUUGCAGGUAGUGACAGAUCAAAGAGAAUUAACUAGGGCACACUCCCCUGUGUGUCUCUCAGUGCUGGAGCAACCAAAGCUGUGUCGGUGCUGAAACCAGGUUGAAAUGAAUGAAUGCAAAUUUUCUUGAUCUAAGUGUGACUACGGUUCUUAUGGCUACAACCUUCUCGAGUACCUUUCCCGAAUAAAGGAUAUGUUAAUGACUGGGAGGUAGCUGCUUAAAUCCUCAACAGUCUAGGGAGUUUUAAAUUACUAUUUUUUAAAGUCAUCGUGACCUAAUUAGAUAUUUAGAACUGUCACCACCUUCUCUCCCCCACUCCCUUUCAUUGCAUGUUUAUAUUUAAAAGUAGCCUAAAAUAGAAUGUACUGUUGCAGACUGAUGGUACAUCUGGCAUCCAACACUGUGUACCAGUGAAGCAUUUUGUAUUCCUGUUUUCAUCCAGGAAGAUAAGUGAGAGAAGCUGCAGAUCAGUUCACAGUGUGAACAAAGAACUCGUGCUUUAUGCCAUGGCAUUCGAUAUUAGUAACUUCUAAGGAGGCUAUAAUGUUUGAUCACCUAAGUCUAAUGUUGGAUACAACUCAGUACAGUAGCACCUCGGGUUACAUUACCCUUGGGUAACAUAAACUUCAGGUUGCAAAAGCGGCAAACCCGGAAAUGUUUCGCCGUGCGCACAUGCGCAGAAGCGGUCUACUGCUUCUCCUCAGCUUGCGAAAACCUUGGGAUCUGGCCGGACCUCUGGAAUGGAUCCCGUUUGCAACCGGAGGUACCACUGUACUAAUUUAUUAAUUCAUAUGUAUUGGCUUCCAGGAGUUAAUGGUUUGUGAUUCUCUUAUGUAAUGUUUACUGGGCAUCGUAGGAUAAACACAUGUGCCAGUGAUAAGUCUUCCAGCUUCAAUAAGGUUUAAAAUUUCUCAUUCUUCCAUUUUGAAAUGUUUCAUAGUUUUACUCAGAAGUACCCGCCAGUGAAGUUCCUAUCUGAAAAGGAUCGUAAAAGAAUUUUGGUAAGUUGGCAACUUGCUUAGAACUAAUCAGUGACCUAAAUUUCUACAUAGGUUUAAUGAGAAGAAACAACAAGAUGGCCAGUCUCUUUGUGGCAUGGCACACAUUGAAAAGAAAAUUCAGGGUACUUGUGUUAGCUUUUUAGCUCUUCCUAAUUUAAUUUUAAAUUUUGGACAUAGUCCUAAGGAUGGCAUCAUUAAGAAGCAAUAAUCAAUAUUUGAGUACCCAAUUCUGGACUGAGCACCCAGACACUGUGGUAUUGUUGAAGCUAAGUGGGCAUGGAUUGUGUGCUAAGAGAAGCCAAAGGAAACCUCAAAUGGGAGGAAAAAAAUAAAAGAUCACAAAUGGUUCCUGUGAAGGAGAAAGUUUGUUAGAAAGAACAUAGUUUUCUGUAUUAAAAAGCAAAAUACAGGCAACAGACUUGUAACUCAGAAUUUGAGGGAGCGAUGCUUUUACUGGCAUAAUUUUUCAAAAGAUGUUCUUCAUGCUGGUCCUUGCUUUGACUUAUUUCAGCAUCCUUCUUUUCCAGUGUGUUUUUUUUCCAUUUAAUAACAAUAUUUAUAUGCUGCCCCAUAGUGGAAAGUUUGGGUGGCUAACAGUAAAUGUAAAACAAAACCAUAAAAUAAAAGAUUAUAAUGAAGACAGGAGCAGAGGCUAAAAGCAAUGAGCUCUCAGAAGCACCAGAAAAUAGAAACUCUGAACAUCUCCAGUAAUUUCAGAUUUUUGGAAUGUUGAGAUUAGAACAUUAAAACACCUGAAGAAGUAUAAAGGCCUUCAACUGGUGCUCAAAGGAGUGCUAAGUAGGCACCAGGCAAGCCCCCUUGGGGAUGACAUUUUUUAAUGAGGUGCCACCACUGUAAAGGCCCUCUUCCCUCCACAGUAACCGUAGUGAAUAGAAAUUCAGCAGUGGGGCACCCUGGAAAAGCUGGUAGCCGUUUGAAAAUGCACAAAUGCAAACAUACUCUCGAGGUAUAUUGAAUUAGUUGCCAAAGUUUGUGGUGACAGCUUGGAUGGUUUCUAAAAGGCUUAGACAAAUCUGUGAGCGCUGUUAGCUGUGACAUCAGAAGCAGAGUAGCUGUGGUUGCUAAGUGCUGGAGACAACCUACUUCAGCCGUCCAGCCGUCUAGUUCAGGCUGUAAUUGCAAGGCAAAAUUGCCUGUGUGAAAGGGACUUCAUUUCAGAAGCAAUUUGAAUCCUCUCCGUAGUACAGUUCUACCUUGGAAGUCUAACGCCUUGCCAGUCGAAGGUUUUGGCUCCUGAACUCCACAAACCCGGAAGUGACUGUUCCAGUUUGCGAACUAUUUUUGGAAGCUGAACAUCCGACAGGACUUCCGAUUGACUGCAGGAGCUUACUGUACAUGCCUGUCUGCAUGUACAUAGUAUUUAUGCACACCACCUGCACACUUAGAAAUAGCCACAUGUGCAUAUAUCACGGGGCAAACUGCUACCGCAUGAUGAAAUUAUUUUCUACAUAUAAUCAUAUAAUGAUGCUGCUGCUGCUGAUGUAGUUUUCAUUAAAGGUGAAAGUGAGCAACUGAUAUCGGUAGAAUUGCUCAGUGUCAAACAUCUAGAAAGCCGUUUGAAAUGUGAGCCAAAUGAACAGCUGACACCAGUAGAAGAACGUUGGCUGCCUUGAAUCUCUAAAUCGGGGUUUCCCAAACUUGCGUCUCCAGCUGUUUUUGGACUACAACUCCCAUCAUCCCUAGCUAGCAGGACCAGUGGUCAAGGAUGAUGGGAACUGUAGUCCAGAAACAGCUGGAGACCCAAGUUUGGGGAACCCUCCACUAAAUAAUGUGUAGGAGCUGCAGACUGUAAAUGCAGACCUGAAAUAUUCCUGGUAAUUAAAUGACAUGGAAACUAAUUGACUCUUAGCUAAGAGCAAUGUGUUGGUCAUGAACUUUCCGUUAAAGCUGUGAAUCAGAAAUUCUGUUGAUGUUACUGUGAGCACAGCAUUGGACUCUGAUUAAAGAUUUGGUGGCCCUUCGUCCUUUUGAUAAGCACCCUGUUGUUUGAUAGAACUGGAGCUUUGUAGUUUUGGUGGAGUAAACCUAAUAUGUAGCAACCCAGGAUUUUUGUGAGGCUUUAAGAACGCUUUGACACCCUGAUUCUAAACCCAUUUACUUACAAGAAGACCCAUUGAUGUCACCUCUCCCGAAUGUGCUUGUGUUCAGCCCUUAAAUGCAGUCUGGGGAGAAGUGCAGGACUGUAAAAACUGUGUGACAUUGCUCAAGCUAAGAGGGUCUGAUCUUAAGCAGUGAGUGUUUGAUGUGAGACAGCCGGGGAGCCCAUAUGUACUGUAUGCAAAACUGAAGAAGAGAACGGUAACCCCCAGAAGGUUAUUUUUAUCAGGAUGAAGAUGCAUAUCACACAGUUGCCUAGAUUUCCUGAAUGACUGUGCUAACCUUUCACAGGUUGUGUCAGUCAGAAUGAGUAGCUUGUGCAGUAUGUGUUCAUCAGGAAUGGUUUUUCAGGAGGCGCGGGGAAGCAGAAAAUGGGAUUCGGACGAAAUCAGGAGCCCUUCUACUCAUACAAGCAAGCACUUGGGUUGCAAUCCAGUUGCUGUGGUGUUGCACAAGAAAGACACUUUCUUUUCAUGAAGGUCACGUCUAUGGAUGGGAAGAACCACAUUGUCAAGUAAUUCAGUCAGUAUAGGCAGUUCUGUGACUACUAUUUGUAGCCUCUGGUCUGGUAUUGAGUGCAAAUCUCUUGGGUUCUGAUUAACUAGCUGUUGGGUCCAUGACUGGCCUCUGUGAAGAAGCAUUGCGUUCCUCCAGGCUGAUCCAGCAAACUUUCACUCUGAUCCAGCAAAGCUGCUCUUAAUUUACUGGGAAGGGUGUGGUGCAGGCUUCCUUAACCUCGGCCCUCCAGAUGUUUUUGGCCUACAACUCCCAUGAUCCCUAGCUAGCAGGACCAGUGGUCAGGGAUGAUGGGAAUUGUAGUCUCAAAACAUCUGGAAGACAAGUUGAGGAAGCGUGGUGUAGUGGUUGCCUCAGAACACUUCUAGAAUGGUUGGGCUUACUGAUUUGGCUUUGAGUGCGAAUUCAUGAAUGAUCCUAGUGAUGAGGUCAAUGGGAGGCAGUUUCUUCCUUGAACACCACCCCAGCAAUGCAUGUGUAAAGGAACAUUUGUUUAGUUGUGUCUGACUCUUCAUGACCCCAUGGACCAGAGCACGCCAGGCAUUCCUGUCUUCCACUGCCUCCCGCAGUUUGGUCAAACUCAUUUUAGAACAGGUGGGACCAACGCCAUAAUAGGUUGCUCGGACACUUUAGGGUAUUGCUUCCUUUAUGGCUGCAAUAAUUUGCAAAGUGAUACAUGGAUUGAAGUAUAACCCAUUCAAUAUUGUGAAUGUAAAAUCCAACCUUCUGAAAUGUUGGUGAGCUUAAAAGUGGGUGAAAGAUUUCUCAGUCUUUAUUAGAUGGCUGGAGAUGUAUAGAGUCUCUUGCACACAACUCUCUUACUGAUAACAUUGUUGUCAGACAUUUGAAUCAAAUAAGGGGAAAGUUAGAUUUUAAAUUGUUUGGCCUGUGAGGCAAGUUAAAAAAAAAAGUUCUUGGUGUGUGUUUAAAAAAUAUAUGAAUUCAGCAAAUUUAAUUCCCCCAUUAUGAAGUAAGAAUCACUUUUGUGAAUAUAUUAAUUAACAAGUAAAUAGCCAAGUUAGUGCAUCGUUCGGUAGCUGUAAGAGUCUUCCACUGUUAAUUGUUCAAAGCAUUAGUAAUCACUUGUAAUCUCACAGCUGCUAUUUGGAUUGCCUUAGCGGAGUACCGAAAUUGGCUGUUAUGUAAUUGACCCUUACGAAGUUGCCACAUCAGACUGAAGCUCAUUUGUUUUCUUCAGUGGUUCAAUAGUGCUCGGUUAUUUUCUAUGCCCUUUGGAAUGUUGUGUGAAAUGAGCGAACUUUUAAGUGGCACCAGCUAUGGACCGAGUGACCUAUAGUUCAGGCUCACUGUCUGUGCACUAAGUUGAUGAGAGACACUUGCAGGAAAGAUUGCAGCACAGGGAAAAUAAGCAUUUGCUUAAAAAAUGCAUUCCUUUCUUCUGGAUGCAUUAUGUUUCUCAAGGUCCUAACCCGCAUUGUGAAAAUGAGGGUGUAGCAACGUUAAACUUAUUGUGCUCUACUUUGGCAUCUUCCAUAGAUUUGCCCAAAUCGUGCUUCAGUCUGGUGAUAACUGUGUCUGUGAAAACCUCCCUACCGCUAUGGAAAACACUCCCAUGCAUGGAAAGCUAGGCUGUCAGAAAGAUGUCCAGAUCAACACUUUUCUCCCUUGAUAUAUCUCCCCAGAUAUAUGAAAGUUUUCCAGAUGCAGAGAGGAGAUGUGGUUGUUGUUGUUGUUUUAAAAAACAAAACCAUGGGAGUAAGUCAAAUUGGCAAUCCCAUCAUCGCAACCACCUGCAGUCAGACUUCCAUUGCUAUUUCUGGACAUCUGCACCUGCCCUCUGAGUUAAUCCACACCAGGAGUAGCCAGCCUGGUGCCUUGCAGAUGUAGAUGAACUGCAGCUCCCAUCAUCCCUAUCCAAUGACUUUGCUGACUGCGACUGAUGAGAAUUGUAGUUCAUCUGGAGGGAAACCACGUCGACUAUACCUGGCCCAGACAGAUCUGAUUUAAGUAGAAUGGGAUGCAAACCACACUGCACUGCAGGAAUGCUUGCUGUUUUCUCACCCAUUAUUGGAGGGAAGGGAUUGUGAAAAGAAGCAAGCAUUUUGCAUGAUGGUCCUUGGUGAAAAUCCUGUGUGGAUCUUCCCUAGUUUUCCUUAUUUCCAUUUAUUCUGGUGAAUUUAGGGUGGCGUGGGAUAAACCUCUGUUCCUUGAGUUUGGAACAUGCUGUUUUACCUACCUAACAGGAGGCAUCAUCCUUAACUUUUGACCUCCCAGGAACAACUUCUCACAAAUUCUGUAGUUGCAUGAAGCGAGGAGUGAGAUGUAUCUUUACUACUCUGAAGCUGAAUUUAAAACAAAAACAAAAUGGAGUUAUUUUUUCCCUCCCCUGCCCCUAUCAAGAUGUAAAAAAAACAAAAACUCUGAAAGCUGCUGUUGAUUUCUAUUCAUGUUUGUGGACUUUUUGUCUGGUGUUUUCCUUUUAAAAGAGAAGAAACAUUUAUAUGCAAACUGUCCUAAUGCAGAUAACUGGAGGAGCAGGGUUUGUGGGUUCUCAUCUUACUGACAAACUAAUGAUGGAUGGCCAUGAAGUUACAGUUGUGGACAACUUCUUUACGGGCAGGAAAAGAAACGUGGAACACUGGAUUGGCCACGAGAACUUUGAACUGAUUAAUCAUGAUGUCGUAGAGCCCCUCUACAUUGAAGGUGAGUCCCCCCGAGAGGACACAAGAUGGGCUGCUUCAUGCAUGAACAUUAGGGACCUGUUUCUGUCGUCUCGUAAAUGGCCACCUCUGUGUGGCUGGCAAAUUCUGCUGUUUUCCUUAAGUCCACAUGCAGUUGCUUCUGGGAGCAUGUAAAGUACCACUGUCCUCACGGGAAUUGGGCAGCUGAAGAUACCAUACCCACAAAGUUAGCCAAGAGGGGAGGACCAUGGGCGAUGUCACAGUGUUGUACCACACAAAGUUUGCCUGUGAGCACAAGGGCUUCUGCUUCUGCCACAGAACUCAGGGGACCCCUUUCCCUUCCCCAUGGGCCUCCCGUAGCCCCCCACCCCACCUCACCCUCAGUCUGACGGGAGAUUGUGAGGAAUCCCCACAUUAGAUUUGGACAACAUGGGGAGGGGAAGUUCUGUUGCACAAAUGAGAUUCCUUGCACAACCGGAACAACUUAGUUUGAGAUACCCUGUGAUACCAGGGGCACGUUGAGGCUAGACAUCUUACUUUUUUUGAAUCUGAUUAAUUUCAGGCACUUUCUAAGUUUAAUCCAAUUUAAAAUUGGGUGGGAACAGCGGGGAAGGGCUAUUUCCCAACCACCACCACACCCCAAAAUUCAUUCACCUGCAUCUUGACAUCACAAGUACAUAAUACUGUGCUUCCUCAGUGAAUUCAUUGAAGUCACACUGGAAUAAAAUUGCUUGUGGAUGUACUUGAGUUCUCGAAUCUGCUCAUUACAAAGCAAGUGGCCGUAGGAAACAUGAGAACUGGUUCCGAUUCUGUAACAUCCUCAUGGUCAAGCAAUUACAGAGGUUGAGCUGUUUAGUUCUCUGCUGCCUUCCCUUCCCUUUUAACUCUUCACCCAUGCUGUUUUCACACUGUGACAAUAUGGGUGAAAUUAAAAAACAACAACAAACGGUGCCUAUAAUACUAAACUGCACCAUUACUUGGUGUGAAUGACUUAAUCUGUGGGCUCCUGGUGAAAAGAUCACAACUGCUUACCUCCUCCUCUAGACCUGUUGCUGUGAGCUAAGCCAUGGUUUGACUUAGUGUUAUGUCUGACCCCAUACUUGUGCCCCAAGCAGACCAUGAGUAGUAACCCAGAUUAUGAAUUUUUUCAACUAAGAAAGGAGCCUCGGUUCUGACAUAACACUAAGCCAAAACAUGGCUUCGUUCACAGCUGUGCAGUAACUAACAUCAGGAGUGGAAGAGAGAAGCAAAACGCACCCAAUCUUUUCACUGGAAAGCCCACACAUUUGAUUGGUCAUGCUAUAAACUAUGGUUUGGCUCAGUGGUACAUACAAACCAGCAUGUGAGCAUUGAAAUUAUGCUAUAUAUGUUGCCUUUUGAGGUUACACAUGCCACAUAUGUAAUUGUCGAUAUUGUCGAGCGAAAAAUACAUGAGAUAAGUGCUUUUUAGAAGCUGGAGUUAUUUCAUUAAGAAAGACUGCAGAACUUCAUGAAUCUUUAUCUAAAUGUACAGGAGGCACACACUGUCUUGAGAAGCGGGGGGAAACAUUUGCCAUGUUUGCAAGACUAUAAUAUAAACGGGGGUUAAUAAGAUUCUCCACCUAUCCCAGACUCCAGUUUAAUUAGAUCCCCUAACGACUUUGUUUCUGGAUCAUGGGGGUGUAGCUGUGCAGUUGGAAUUUGCUAAUGGUCUACAACACCUCCCUCGUACAGUCAAAUGCUUUUGGUUAAAUAAUACCGGUGGGACGCUAUUAAACUGGCAGCCUGUUUUUAGCACGCAAUUUCAGCCUUGGCUGGGUAUGAAUUAUAUAGUUUCUUUUUGUUGAGUAUAAUGAAAGGCAAUUCCGGUGUGACUCUCUCUCAACAAGAAGAUACUUCACAGUUCAAAGUGCUUGCUGUGUGUCUUUGACAAGGAAAAAAAUUCCACAGAAUGCGGAAAUCACAUAAGCCUGUUUAAAUGGCACCCUUAGAACUGACUAGCCAAACUCUAUAAACAAAGAUUUCUCUGUAAAAUUGUUUUGAAAGUCAGCUUUCAUCCCAAAAUGUUAAAAAGAAACCAGCGAUAACCCAUAAGGAUUAAGUUAGUACUAGAAAAGUUUUUCAGUAAUUUUUGCAUCGCUUCAGUAUAAUUGGAUGAGAAUUUGUCUAGGGAAACAAUUCAAACCUAAAUCGUUUGUAUGUGAAAUGGGAUUUGGAAUAAAUAUUUAAUUGGUUGUACGUUCCAAAUGGAGUGGUGUUUUUCUCCUCUUAAACUAAGAAAAUGAUAUUAUAAGUUUAUAUUCUCAUCCCAUUUAUACCCAUCUUCCUAGUUCCGCACCCAUAGGAACAUGCUCAUUGCAUGCUUCACCUCUUUAACAUAUUCUUUGCUGAGUUUGAGAUUUGAGUAACGUGAUGAAGGACAGUGGGACAAGCCUGCAAGUUGUAGGUCUCUGGGCUCUUCCAGAUGACAAGAGAGAUGUAUCAUACAGUAGUUUCUGGUUCUCUUAUAGAGAAGAGCCAAAGAACAUCCUCCUUUUGCCCUUUUAACGCAGCCUUCCGGCUAUGCUUUUGUCUUGCCUCGCUUGUGAGUAGACCCUUGCAAGCAGGCUCUUGCUCAUGAGAGUCAGAAGAAGUGAUUGUCUCCAAAUCUGGGCUGCUAUUCACUCUUGGACUCUUGCCUUCCAUUUUCUUCUGUCAGUUCAAUUCUCUCAUUGGCUCUGUUCCCACAUCCAAGAGAUCUGGCAUGGUGGAAGUGUCCCUGAAUACCUACAACUCCUUCCCCCUUUUUUAAUCUCCCAACUAAGUUGGUGUAAAAUAAACACUCUUCUCUUUUUUUGUCAUUGUUUCACAGUGGACCAAAUUUACCACCUGGCCUCUCCAGCUUCCCCUCCAAAUUACAUGUAUAAUCCCAUCAAGACGCUAAAGACCAACACCAUAGGGACGCUGAACAUGUUGGGUGAGUCAGUGAAUGGAUUAUGUGAAAUAAGCAGCUUGACGUUCAUUGAGAUGGUACGGUGCAUCGCUACUGACUUUUACUGGAGAAAAGCGCAGCAUCCUGAUUCCAGAUGUUUGCACCUGUAUGUCUGUUUGUAAAUGACUUAAAUAUUCUUUAGAAACACCAGCAGGGCAUUCCUUUUUGUUUCAAGUUGGUAUCCCUACUUGAAGCUAAGUACUUGCAUGCCAUAACAGCAAGCCUUAGGGCAGGGGUGAGGAACCUGUGACCUUCUGGAGUUUGUUGGGCUCCAGUUCCCAUCUACCUUAGCCAACAUGGCCAGGGAUAAUAGGAUUUGUAGUCCAGCCAUCAUGGCCAAUGGCCAGAGAUAAUGGGAUUUGUAGUCCAGCAGCAUCUGGAUCGACACAGUUUCCUUAUCCCUAAUUUUAAGGGAAGUCAAACAGUAUAUUUUUGCCAUCCUUCAGUCCCAGGGUAGCCACUUUCAUGAACAAGUGUGAUGGGGUGAACCAGGGAUAUGCCCAGUGAUGCAGACUGAUGUCAUUACAAAGAAGAUAUUCUUGGCACUUGAGGAUAGUGCAGGAUAUUUGCCACAAAUAACUUCCUAUACCAUCUCAAGUCACUUUUCAUGCCAUUCAGCGAGUUCUAAGGGCUGGCCAAAGAUGUAUUCUCUUGACUUCCUUUUGCAGAAAUUUGGGGUUCUUGGUAGUAUCCUUACCUUAUUAUAUAGACGCGGACAGGCCAUUAACUGUUUUGGAUGCUUGUAGUCUUAUACCAAGUAGCAGGGAAUUUCUUGAAGCAUUCAGAAAAUCCUUAACUAUGCUUUCAUGCCUGUUGUGCUAGACUUCCAAAUGGGCAGGAUGAGAGUAAGCAUUUUUGGGUAUUUCAUUUUGCAUUUCUGUCCCAUCUUUUGUUCCAAGGAGCUCAAGGUGUGGCAUAUAUAAUAAUAAUAAUAAUAAUAAUAAUAAUAAUAAUAAUAAUAAUAAAUUUUAUUUAUAUCCCGCCCUCCGCAGCCAAAGCCAGGCUCAGGGCGGCUAACAACACUAAAAUAGUGCAACAUUAUAAAAACAUUAUAAAAAUUAAUUAAAAUCAAAAUUGAUGGCAACCAUAAACUAAAGUUUUGUAAAGAUUGCCAAAGGAGGGACCCUGACCAAAGGCCUGGUGGAACAGCUCUGUCUUGCAGGCCCUGCGGAAAGAUGUCAAGUCCUGCAGGGCCCUUGUCUCUUUGUGACAGAGCGUUCCACCAGGUUGGAGCCGCAGCCAAAAAAGCCCUGGCUCUAGUUGAGGCCAGCCUAACCUCUCUGUGGCCUGGGACCUUCAAGAUGUUUUUAUUUGAAGACAGUAAGUUCCUCUGUGGGGCAUACCAGGAGAGUCCCGUAGGUACGAGGGUCCUAGGCCAUAUAGGGCUUUGAAGGUUAAAACCAGCACCUUAAACCUGAUCCUGUACUCCACCGGGAGCCAGUGCAGCUGGUAUAGCACCGGAUGAAUGUGAUCUCGCAGCGAAGACCCCAUAAGGAGUCUCGCUGUGGCAUUCUGCACCCGCUGGAGUUUCUGGGUCAGUCUCAAGGGCAGCCCCACGUAGAGCGAGUUACAAUAAUCCAGUCUGGAGGUGACCGUCGCGUGGAUCACAGUGGCUAGGUCAGGGCGAGAGAGGUAAGGAGCCAACUGCUUAGCUUGGCGGAGAUGAAAAAAUGCCGCCUUUGUUAUAGCUGCAAUCUGCGCCUCCAUGGAGAGGGAGGUAUCGAAGAUUACACCCAAACUCUUAACGGACGGUGCUGGCACUAAUUGCACCCCGCAAGAGAUGGGAGUUGCCCCCUAAAUCCCAUAUCGUCCCGUCCCAGCCAGAGGACCUCUGUCUUCGAAGGAUUUAACUUCAACCGGCUCCCACGUAACCAUCCAGCCACAGCUUCCAAGCAUCUGAUCAGUGUGUCUGGGGCCGAGUCAGGAUGGCCAUCCAUCAACAGAUAGAGUUGGGUGUCAUCAGCAUACUGAUGGCAGCCCAGCCCAAAACUCUGGACAAGCUGGGCGAGGGGGCACAUAAAGAUGUUAAAAGCAUCGGGGAGAGUAUCGCACCCUGGGGCACUCCACACACCAAGGAGUGGCGGGAUGACAAUUCCCCCCCAAGCGCCACCCUCUGUCCCCGACCAGAGAGAAACGAGCGCAGCCAUUGAAGGACUGUGCCCUGGAUCCCCACGUCGGCAAGGCGGUGGUCCAGGAGUUCGUGAUCGACCAUGUCGAAGGCUGCUGACAGGUCUAGAAGAAUCAGCAGCCCCGACCCGCCUCGAUCCAGCUGCCUGCGGAGAUCAUCUGUUAGGGCGACCAGAGCCGUCUCACUCCCAUGACUAGCGCGGAAGCCGGACUGGAAUGGAUCCAGAGCCGAUGGCUCUCCCAUUCCCCAUUAAUCCCCGCAACAACCCUGUGAAGUAGUUUAGGUUGACAGAGGCAGGGUCUAAUCCCCAAAAGCCACAUGUGAAGUCCCUCUUAGCAAAAACAACAAAGAUGGCACCCAUUGAGACGAACUCUUGCUAAAGCUUGUGCUGCAAUAAUGAACCUCUUUAUGAUGCCACAAGGCUCUCCACAUCAGUUCUGCAAAAUUACAGGAGGUCUGCACUGCUGGAGUAAUGCAGAGCCACUUUAAAGUAUAGUUCUUAAGGGUGUUUUUUUGGGUGAGAAGUUAAAUUUCGGUCUGAAAGCUUUUACAACAAAGCCUGCUACUGAAUGGAAUGUGGAACUCCUGGUUGCUUCGCCCCCUUUGGUCAAAAUUAAAUUAAGAUAAGCGUGAGUUCGUUCAUUUUCACUAAAGUUCACCCUCUUUUUUUGUUUUUCUUUUAAGGGUUAGCAAAACGUGUUGGAGCUCGGCUUCUUCUUGCAUCUACCUCUGAAGUAUAUGGAGGUAAGAAGUGGACGUGGCAGUGGCUGAUUUGGGAGCUAGUCUUUUACUGAAGGGAGGAGGCCUCCAAGCAUAGUUUUAAGCAAGGCAGGGAGUGCUGGCAAGGGUUUUUCUCCAUCUGCUACGUUUUCCUUCACAUUUGACCCCCUGCCCUGUAGUCAAUGGAUCUUACUAUGCUUUUGAUGAAGAUAUUAUUUUAAAAUGUUCCUUUUUGCUCACCUACACAAACAAAAAGCUUGAUCUUCAUUUUAAAAUCUAGGGGGCAUUAAUUUCCAUGGAUAACUGGGCUUGAUAGUGUGACUUUUACCUCAGUACUCCAGGAUCAAUCCCUCCUCUACCUUUUCAAUAUACUACUAUCCUUUUCAUUCUUUGGUCCCUAUAAUACUUUUACUGCAUUCAACGAAUAGAACACCAGUGCAUGGCGUAAUAUGGCUUAGUUGACGCUGCCCCAUAAAGCCUUGAUUUGGGAGUUUCCGAUGUGUUUCCUUAAGUCAUCACUGAAGUAUGUUUAGAUGCCACCUGCUUGGGGACUAUUGCAUUUGCCUUAGUUUUUUCCUGUUGUGAAGGUCCUGCAAAUUAAGCAGAAUGUUCAACUUGCGUAAUAUGUGAUUAUUGUACCACUGUGCUAAUGGGACAUCUGUAGGGUAUGUGUCUUCCUGUGAGUUACUCUGGCCUAGCAGUAAGCAAACCUCUGGUCAUUUUUAGCAAGUCCCACCCACCUGUCCUACAUCUGAUGUCAUAUAUGACAUCACGUGUGGGGCAAGGAAUGAUUGGGGGGCAAAAGGGCGGUUUGCGGGCACAUUCAUAGCCCCAUGCUUUUUGCAAGCUGAUCUUUGGUGCUUGGGUGGGAAUCAUGCUGAAUUCAUUUUCCUACCCCAGUUUAGCCUUUCUCUAGCCAUAAGUCCUUGGGAAAGCAUUUUAGAAGCUGAGUGUGUUUCCGUUAAAUCUUUUCAGACCGAAUAAAAAUGGCCAGCUAGUUCUGAAUAACUUCUUAUGUGACAGACUAUAGGAAGCAUUGACGUUACUCUGAAUGGGCUUCAUUUGCCCCUCGUGGAGCUGGUGAAUGCCCAACCUUUGCUCUGUAGUGUCUUCACGUUGCAUCCCAUAUGUGGUCCUUGAUUAGCUGGGAUCACUCAGGGAGAAAUGAAAUGGGGGAAAUGGCAUCAGAGCAACAGCAGUGGACCGAACAGUAUCUGAAAAUAGCCCCAGCAGUAGGAACAAGGCUUUAUAGAGGUGGAGAGUGUCACUUCCUUGAAAUUGAUAUUGUGGCAAAAAGAACCCUAAGACUCAACCCUCGUACCCACUACUCUGUAGAGCAUGGGUAGGCAAACUAAGGCCCAGGGGCCGGAUCUGGCCCAAUUGCCUUCUAAAUCCAGCCCUUGGACGGUCAGGGAAUCAGCGUGUUUUUACAUGAGUAGAAUGUGUCCUUUUAUUUAAAAUGCAUCUCUGGGUUAUUUGUGGGGCAUAGGAAUCCGUUCAUUUUUCCCUCUUUAAAAUAUAGUCCGGCUCCCCACAGGGUCUGAGGGACAGUGGACCGGCCCCCUGCUGAAAAGGUGUGCUGACCGCUGCUGUAGAGAGUACCUUAAUAGUAACCCUUUCUGUGCUGCUGAAUAGUGAAACUCAUUAUCGCUCUCUCCCUCUCUCUUUCUCCCUCCCCCACUCUCAAGAUCCUGAAGUUCACCCACAAAACGAAGAUUACUGGGGUCACGUGAAUCCCAUAGGACCUAGAGCAUGUUACGACGAAGGAAAGAGGGUUGCCGAAACAAUGUGCUAUGCCUAUAUGAAGCAGGUAAUGAUUGUGAUAUUUGGCCGGCAGAAUCAAAAACGUUCGGAACCUGAGAGCUGCAACACACGAUAUAGAAAUACAAGAUCACUUAGGUGGUGUGAGUGAAUGAUUCUGGUGAAAAUCCAACAUUCUCUAGCAUGAAAGGAUGCUGUACAAUUGGUAUAGACUGCCUCCUAUUCCUGGUAGUGCUUGGGUUCCAAACAUGGUUUGCUUACAGGCCAAACUCUGCAAUAUUAGUUUUGUUGGUUUGCUUGAACUGUUUCAUGCACCUGACAGUCUAGUACAUGGGUAGGCAAACUAAGGCCCAGGGGAUGGAUUCGGUCCAAUCGCCUUCUAAAUCCGGUCCGAGGACGGUCUGGGAAUCAGUGUGUUUUUACAUGAGUAGAAUGUGUGCUUUUAUUUAAAAUGCAUCUCUGGGUUAUUUGUGGGUCAUAGGAAUUUGUUCAUUUUUUUAAAUACAGUGGUGCCUCGCAAGACGAAAAGAAUCCGUUCCACGAGUCUCUUCGUCUUGCGGGUUUUUUCGUCUUGCGAAGCAAGCCCAUUAGCAGUUUAGCGGAUUAGUGCUACAGUAUUAGCGGCUUAGCAGGCUUAGUGGAUCAGCUGAUAAGCGGUUUAACGAUAAGCUGAUAAGCGGCUUAAGGAUCAGCUGAUAAGCGGCUUAACGAUAAGCUGAUAAGCGGCUUAACGAUCAGCUGAUAAGCGGCUUAGCAUCAGCUGUUAAGCGGCUUAGCAAUCAGCUGAUAAGCGGUUUAGCGGCUUGGGAAAAAGGGGGGGGGAGGAAAAAAACCCCGCAGGAACUCGCAAGACAUUUUCGUCUUGCGAAGCAAGCACAUAGGAAAUUCGUUUUGCGAAGCACCUCCAAAACGGAAAACCCUUUCGUCUAGCGGGUUUUCCGUCUUGCGAGGCAUUCGUCUUGCGGGGCACCACUGUAUAUAUAUAGUCCGGACCCCCACAAGGUCUGAGGGACAGUGGACUGGCCCCCUGCUGAAAAAGUUUGCUGACCCCUGGUCUAGUAGAUGAAAAAUAAAUAAUUAGGAACCCAUUUGGUUGAAACUAGGACCUCCUUGGUAAAGACUGAUGUCUGAGAAACAGUUCCAAGAACAGCAAUAUUAUGUAGGUAGUAUGGAAUAUGCUAAAACCACGUUAAGUGAUUUGGGUAUGUUUUUGUCUUAUUCUGGCAUAGAGGCAUGAAAAUCGUAAGAUAACACGGCAAUGUGGGAUUCUUCUCCCCCUUUUCAUAAGCAAAUGCAGAAGCUGGCUUUGUGUGUCUUGUUAACUGGCAUCUUCUGUCUGGGGUAGGGUAGCAAUAGAGAAUUAAAAAAAAAAAUUAGUGCAUUUUUUAAAAACAAAAAGCUUUUUUCUUAUUCUUCCAGGAGGGCGUAGAAGUAAGAGUGGCAAGAAUAUUCAAUACUUUUGGCCCUCGGAUGCACAUGAAUGAUGGCAGAGUUGUUAGUAACUUCAUCCUGCAGGCUCUUCAGGGAGAACCCUUAACUGUACGUAUUUACCAUCCUGUCCUCUGAACUCAAUUGCUGUUCAUGGGAUUUAUGCGGAAGACCCAAGUAAAAUAAAUUGUCGCUUUGUGAAAUGUCAUUUGUAUGAAUUGUGUAGGUUUAAGAACCUGAACCCUGAACUUGAACGGUCCUGUAUGUUCACUAAAAUGUCUUAAAACGGUGCAGAACUUAAAGUUCUCCAGAUAAAGAAUUUGCGCUGAACCACAUAAUCAAACUAUUGUGAUGGACAGUCGUUUGAUUCAGGUCUUCAGUUACUGUUAUAGUGCAGUCUCACUGUGUUCAAUAGGACUUGAUCUCAAGUAAGUGUGCAUAGGAUUGCAGUCUUAGUAAAUAUACUAAAAAACAGCUUUCCAUACAAAUCUGUUUUUAUGUCCAGUUGUAUUCUGCUUGGAAAAAACCCCAUAACAUCAGCUAAUUUAUUUGGCUAUCAACAGGAGUUAAAAUAGAGCUUCAGUGUAAUUAUUUGUUUUCCACACAGGACUUGUUCAAACAUGCAUGUACACUGUUGUUGAUUUUUUACCAAAAUGAAAUACCUCUUUGCUAAACGUGUGAACUGUCCCAAUUGAAAAGGACCUUGAGUUGAUAUUGGGUAACCCGGCAGUUGUGACUGUGGUCAUUUAUCUGUGACAGCUAUUCAUGCAUCCAGCCAUCCCUUAAUGCUACAGUCAAGAAAUGGCAAGGAUGUAUGUGUUGGACCGGUCCUUAAUCAUGUCUAGUGUUAUGAGAUAGCAUCUGGUAGUUGGGUGCUUGAGUUACUGUUUUUGUAUCCAGUGGUGGUUCUGCUGAUGAGAGGCAUCCAUCAAUACAAUAUGGAAGGGGACAACCUUUGAAGAUUUUCCUCCCUAAAUCUGUUCAGGGCUCCCUGGAUGCUUAGAGCAGAUUUAAGGGAGGAACUAGGGGGAAUUGGUCUCCCACAGACAGAUGCUUUCUGUCCGUCAAGUUGACACUAUUGGGUAAGGUAAAGGUAAAGGGACCCCUGACCACUAGGUCCAGUCGUGACCGACUCUGGUGUUGCGGCACUCAUCUCGCUUUAUUGGCCAAGGGAGCCAGCAUACAGCUUCCAGGUCAUGUGGCCAGCAUGACUAGAGCAGAGCAGCGCACAGAAACUCCAUUUACCUUCCCGCCGGAGUGGUACCUAUCUAUCUACUUGCACUUUGAUGUGCUUUCGAACUGCUAGGUUGGCAGGAGCAGGGACCGAGCAACAGGAGCUAGCCCCGUCGCGGGGAUUCGAACCACCGACCUUCUGAUCUGCAAGUCCUAGGCUCUGUGGUUUAACCCACAGCACCACCCGCGUCCCUACAACACUAUUGGGUACCACCCAGUAAAAAUAAGAAAAUGAAACUUCCUGUUAAGUUGUUUUUUUUAACUUAGUGACCAUAGUGGAUUAGUUUCAUGACCAGUUGUUACAUUAAUACUUUAUAUUAGUAGGACAGAGCUGGAAUGUGUCGUAAAGUCAAUAACAAGCUUUUUUUCAGGAGGGCUCUCCUGCAAAGAUAUUUUGAUGUGCAUUUUGAAGAGCAGUAAAAUCUCAUGAGAUUUAUUCCAGAGAACCACAGAAGAUUGGCACGCUUUGCUUUCUGGCAAACAACAGUGUACAAGCAGGGCUCUUGUAGCCUGUGUGUGUUUUCAGAAGACUGUUGCUAGGGCACAAACUGAUGUUACCAGUCGCUCAGCUAGCCCCAGGAAAAGAAAAAGGGUGCGAAUUCUUCCAACUCUGCAAACCGUCAGCAAAGGCGCAGGGAAUGACUUCAAAUCUUGUUUCCUUUUGUCAACCCAUAUACAAAGAUCUGUUCCCUUCCACUUGACAAAACAAAAAUAAAAUUCAUUCCAUAUGAACUGGAAUAUACUCUUCCUUUUCUUAAAAAAACAACAAUGUUGUUUUGUAAGUGGAACAUUGUUUUGUAAGUGGAACAUUAAAGAUGGUGGAGAAAAACUUGGUGCAGCGAUGCUAUGAAAAGGAAAGGGAAAAGGGAAAGGGAAAUAAAAUCUGUAGCUAGAUCAGUCUGGAUCUGGCCAAACUCUGGAUACAAGACUGCUUGGUGAGACUCAUUUAUGCCACCCUAUGACUAUCAAUGGGGGACGCGGGUGGCGCUGUGGGUUAAACCACAGAGCCUACGACUUGCAGAUCAGAAGGUCGGUGGUUCGAAUCCCUGCGACGGGGUGAGCUCCCACUGCUCUCCCAGCUCCUGCCAACCUAGCAGUUCGAAAGCACGUCAAAGUGCAAGUAGAUAAACAGGUACCUCUCUGGCGGGAAGGUAAAUGGUGUUUCUGUGCGCUGCUCUGGUUUGCCAGAAGCGGCUUAGUCAUGCUGGCCACAUGACCUGGAAGCUGUCUGCGGACAAAUGCUGGCUCCCUCUGCCAAUAAAGCGAGAUGAGCGCCGCAACACCAGAGUCUGCCACGAAUGGACCUAAUGGUCAGGGGUCCCUUUACCUAUGACUAUCAAAAUGUUUGUGAGGUGUAUAUGAGCUAGUUUAACCUGUGCAUCUAGCCAUAGAUAAUCAAAUUAUAGAUCAGACCAGGACAGAUUUUGCACUCAACACACUUGUCACAAAGGAAUUGGAGAGGAGUUAUGUGUUUAUCAGUAAAAGUGAUGGACAUAUUGAUACUUCUUAUCAGUAAUACUCAUUUUAUUUUAUUUCCCCCUAGGUAUAUGGGCCUGGGACUCAAACCAGAGCAUUUCAGUAUGUCAGGUACGUUUGUUUCACCUUCCUUGUUUCAGUAUACCUGAGGAAGGGACACUGAACAAAAAAAGAAGAAGAAUGAAUGUGGAGUUCUGGGGAAGAGAAAAGCGUAUUUCAACAUUAGUCAUGCAGUGAUGUCAGAAUGUUUACUUUUUGCUGUUUCCUCUGCAUUGUUAACUAUCCCAAGUCUACAGAUCAGUAUUUCUCAGCCCUUACAGCUUGCAGCCCAUUAUCCCAAUGUGUGAAACCAGUGAUUUCUUCUAUCUUAAAAACCAGAACAUAAAGGGUAGCAGUCUGUGACCUUUCAAACCCAAUGCCUCUUCCUUGCAUUGAAAGCUUGGAAAAGGUAGAAUAAUUUGAAUCCAUAGUAGAGACCCUGCUUAAACUUUUAGUGUGCAUCACAAAACAGCUGCUGUCCAGUGGAUUCUGAGACUGGAUUGUGCAAAAGCACUACUUAUGUGAAAAGCACUACUCGCGUGGGAGUAGUGAAUUCUUUUUGUUUCAUGAAUGGGACCGUGCAAUGUUACACUGAGUUUAUUUCUCCAUCCCAUAACUCAAGUUGACUCUUUGUGUGAGCAGGCCUUUUUCUCUGCACAAUUCAGUUAGAAAUAAGCCUCCUUAAGAGCUCUGUGGGUUUCCUGUGUUUCACCUGCUUUCUGAUUUAACUUGGACAAUCUCUUCAGUUACUUUUGUAAUUGGCAUGUACACAGGGUUGCUGUUGUUUUUUUAAUGUGGUAUUCAGUUCAUGCCUUCCUCUGCACCCCCCCCUUUCUCAUUAGCUUCUGAUGCAUGCAAAUACUUGUAUGUAUUCGAUUAGAUCGGCAUGCAAAAAGGGAAUCUUGAUGCAAUUGCAUGAUCAAUCGCGGUUCCAUUUUUUGUGCUGCCAUUUUAUCAAUGGGCACAUAGGUAGUUCUGAAUGAAAGAAAAAGACAUUGACUUGAAAACAGCAUAGGUACAGCAGUGUAAAUGUUAAGAAAAAAAUGAUGCAAUAUCAUCAUCAUCACUUGUUGCCUGAUGACUCCCACAAAAUUAUGCCCAGAACAACAUUAAUACCUUGGUCCUGGCCUGAAAAAACAAUGCGUUUAGAACCAUAAACCGUUGGGAGAAAUUUGGAUUUGGAGUUCCUUCUAGCUCUGCCUGCCUCUUGACAACUGGACAUAUGAUAGCCUUCGUCCCACUGAGGCUAAUGUCAGAAAAAGGGGCUGCGGACAACACUGGAAACCUUAGUCCUGUUUCAGCAAACGUCCUUUUGCCUCGUUGAGUUUUAAGAAGCUGCAAUCGUUCCACCUCUCUGUAUUAUCUAAUCUGACUGACUGGCAAUGGCUCUGCGGGGUCUUGGGCAAAAGUCUCUCACAUCACCCCAAAGAUCCUUUUUAGCAAGAUAAGCCAUGGUUUGAACCCAGGAUCCCCUGCAAUGCAGAGCAUACUCUGGCAGAACUUCUGUCCACAUAAGGUGACACAGAUAGGUGCAUAUCCCAGCUUUGUAAGCUUUAAAAUGCACCGGGAGAAAGGCAGGAUACAAAUAAAACCCCAAUUACAUCAUUUACGCAGAUUAGGAUUCCUACUGAUGGUUACAAUAAAAACCCAGCACUAUCCUACUCCUUCCAGUAUCUUCUGCUUUUCCAGUGUCUUGAAUGCCACUGUGGUGCUGAAUAAACGUCAAAUUUUGUUAAAAACAGAAUAGCAGACACUAAAGUAGGAAAUAGCUGCCUUAGCAGUCUGAAAUCCGAAGUGCAGGUUUUCAGAAGACAGUAGUUUAUAUUUCUGGGUUGAAAAAUGAUCGUGUUAGAGGACUCGGUCCAUUGCUGCCAUCUUGUGUUUGCACAAUGGAUAUGCAAUUUGUAUUUAGAAACCAGUGAUUUGAGCCAACGGGGCUUUUAAGAUGAUAGUGCACUGACAAUGGUGGAAGGCUCUAGUCUACAAAAGGCACAGUAGAUUGCUUAACCUUUAAAGUGCUGCUAUAGUCCCCUAUUUUCUCCUCCCUCCCAUUUCUAUCUUGCUGUAUAUAUAUAAAAAAACUUUAAUAAUAAUAAAAUUCUGCUACAGUCAAAUACGACUUUUCCGGAGGUUUUAAAUCAUUUAGUUGAUUAUUGUUAUUCAGCGGCAGCUUGAUUAAUUUGGAAACUGAGGUGGAGGAGAGGGCAGCCAGAUUUCCCUAGGUUUGUAGCUGAGUAGCAGUAUUUGUCCCAUCCUGCACAUGCCCAAAUUUAGUGCUACAAAGACAUGAAAGCGCAGUUUUCUUAAAAAACAACAAAUCAGUACUACUGGAAUUCUCUGCCCAGAUUAAUGAACACUGCAUACUUAAGUAGAGGGCAGACACAGAUUGUGUUUGUGGUCAAGUAAAUCAGUUUUUAGUACUUUUAAAUUGGAUGUGAACUGUUCACAUGGUUCCUUCAAUGCGCUACUUGAAUGCAUCUUGUUUUCGCCUGCUGCUUGGUACAGUGGUGCCUCGCAAGACGAAAUUAAUCCGUUCUGCGAGUAUCUUCGUCUAGCGGUUUUUUCGUCUUGCGAAGCAACCCUAUUAGCGGCUUAGCGGAUUAGUGCUAUUAGCGGUUUAGCGGCUAUUAAAGGCUUAGCGGAUUAGCGGCUAAAAGGCUAUUAGCGGCUUAGAAAGGGGGGGGGAAGCAAAAAAAAUCUCAAGACUCGCAAGACAUUUUCGUCUUGCGAAUCAAGCCCAUAGGGAAAUUCGUCCUGCGAAGCGCAUUGAAAAACGGAAAACCCUUUCGUCUAGCGGGUUUUCCGUCUUGCGAGGCACCACUGUACUGUAUGGAAAUGGAUAAGGCAGAAAUUCAUUGCUCCAGUGCAUAAUGUGCUCUGCUAGAAGCCCACCUAAGGCUGUUAAAGUUGCUGCCGCACGGUUUCCCCCCUAAAAUCAGCAUUUUGGACAGUCAGGCUGUAAAACACGUGAGGAAGUAAGCCUGCUCAAGCUGUGUUGUCAUGUAUUGUUUUGUUUUUCCAGCGACCUUGUGAAUGGGCUGGUGGCCUUAAUGAACAGCAAUGUCAGCAGUCCUGUUAACUUGGUAAGCAUGUGGUUUUCUUCUUUCCUUUUUUCUCAUUGAUCUAAGUCUAAGACCCUGUGUUGGAAUUACGUGCCCAUUCUCCUAAUCCGUUGAAUCCAGUCAUGUGAGAAACGUUUGGCAUUAUGAAGUUCUGAGAAUAAUGGUAGUGAUGUACCCUCCCUCCUUUUCCUCCUUUUGCCACAAACAUGCUCAGCACACUGAGAACAAUCGGCAUUGUGAAUUUACUGGCAUUCUUCCUCCUCUUCAGAUACUAUCGGCUUUUGAUCAUGAGCGAAGCCUUUGCAAGCCAGAAUUUAUAAGUUCAGUUCUGCGUUGCAGCGUGUUGACGUCGGCAUAUGUAAUGCUAGAGACUGAGCUAGAUUCAGCUAACCCAGUGCACUAGCAGAAACAGCCACAAGGGCACAUGCUGGCACAAUGGGGCUUCCCCCACCUCGUGUGACCCAUGCACACCCCCCAAGUCCACUCUUAGGGGUCAGGAGAACCCCCAGGACAGUAUGUGGGGUGAAGAGAGCAGAGGUUGUUCCAUCCGGCAAGCAGAAUGGCUUGCACUGGUGGAAAGAUCUUAAUGCAUUGUCAGAUUCCACACUGUGACUUUCCCCACCUGAGUUUCUUCUCCCAGGAUUGUAUUACGGAAACAGAAAUUGCCUUAAGCAGUUUAGACUCAUGUUUGUAAAUAUUACCUAUGGGCUUUUACUCCUGCUUUGAAAUGUGGUAACAACUAGUGACGUCAUUUUUGGUCGAAGGUUGCUGGUGUGUGGUGGGUUCUUCCAUUUGCAUAAGGAGUGGGGAAUCACGGUCAUCUAGCUAUUCCUCCUCCCCGUUGAGUAUCACCUCACACAAUUGCCAUUCUGUUCGUGAGGGUUUGUUCACUCCCACUCUCAAGACAGCUCUUCACAGGAGGCUGCAGAGAGAAGGGGGAGGCAGGAAACCACAUCCUGUUCACAGCACAAAAGUUAGGAUCUAGUCCAGGCAUAGGCAAACUUGGCCCUCCAGAUGUUUUGGGACUACAGUUCCCAUCAUCCCUGACCACUGGUCCUGUUAGGGACCAUGGGAGUUGUAGUCCCAAAACAGCUGGAGGGCCGAGUUUGCCUGUGCCUGAUCUAGUCCUUUUAUUUGCUAGUUACCUUAUUUCAAAAUAAAGCUCUUUUUUUUUUUUUUUUUUUGGUAAAAUGUCAUUUUAAUGGUGCUUCUUAUAUCCUUAGGGGAAUCCAGAAGAACACUCUAUUUUAGAGUUUGCCCAGUUAAUUAAGAAACUCGUUGGUAAGUAUGACAUAUAAUUGCCCUGAACAAACUUGGAACAGCUUGCAUACUUGUACCCGUUGGGGUUUAUCCAGUAGAACGGCAUGAGUGGAGAAGAGGUUCACCUGGUGGGUGGAGCUGCAACACUAACUUCCCAACAGUGCUUCUUAACCAAAAGGUAGUGCCCGCGAAGUUGGCGCACCAGUAAGCAGCAGCAACCCUGCUGCAAGGAAGCCACUUCUGCUUGGUUGCAGACUUUGAGCUGGAGUCAUAAUGAGGGAAAUUAUGAGAGAUACAUGCAUGCCUGGUGCCAGCUUUUUAUCUUUUUAAGGUAGCAGGCAAAACCUUCCCAUUUUACCUGGGCUUUUGGCCUGUAAUUUGAAAGGUUUCAGGGAUUUGGGGGCCUCUCUUAGUUCUGUAAGGCCUAACUUCAUAGUAGUUUUUUUAUUGGUUGGUUGGUAUACUUUUAAGUUGCUUUGGGUCACUUUUGUGAGGAAAGCGACCAAUAAAUAUUAAUGGUAAAUAAUGCUAUUGCCCUAUUAGGGUGUUUUGAUUCCCCACACUAUUGGAAUCACAUGAGGUACGAGUGAGAAAACGCAUACUUGCUUCCUCCACACCACUUUUUACAUGCCUGAGGCAAAUGGCUGAACAGGGGCAGCUGUUAACACCUUGUGCAAUUCAGAAUACAGUGGUACCUCAGGUUACAUAUGCUUCAGGUUACAGACUCCGCUAACCCAGAAAUAUUAUUUCGGGUUAAGAACUUUGCUUCAGGAUGAGAACAGAAAUCGUGUAGUGGCGGCAGCAGGAGACCCCAUUAGCUAAAGUGGUGCUUCAGGUUAAGAACGGUUUCAGGUUAAGAACAGACCUCCGGAACGAAUUAAGUUCUUAACCCGAGGUACCACUGUAUUACAGUAUGCAAAUAGUAUACUUUCUGCUUCAGAAGUUAUCUUUCCAACUUUAUGAAGGGUAGCAGGAAUUACUGGGGACAUGGGGCAACUCCAGCCCUCUCAUCAAUUCUCUUACCUCAGCAGAUGAGAAAUUAGAACAGCUGGAUGGGACUUAGGAUAAAAGGAAGGAAGGAGAAGUAUUUACAUGGGCAGAAGAGAUUGUGUGCCCACAGAACACUGGCUUGCAGCCAGCUAAGCUUCCAUGAUGGUGCACCCCUGUACCUCAGCCCAGCCCACUUACUUAGCAGGGUACCCCAAACCUCAGUGGAACAUUUUUAGGGGUGCAUCAGGAGGAGUGGACAAGGAAGCUACUUUCUGCCUGAACUGUUACUUGCGCUUAAUGCUAGGUUGGACUUACUGGGUUUCCAACUGCAAGGAUGAUGGGGCUGCAUUAUAACUGCACUGGACCUGUGUGGUCUCUUGACUUUGUACACCAUAGUUUAGGGGAGUUGUAGGUGUGUGAAGCCUUUGUUUCAGCCUGUCUUGGAAAACAUGUGCUGUAUAGGGGGACAUUUGAAAACUACCUGUUUUGAUUUGUUUCAGACUUCUGAAACUGUUAGUCGAUCACCAGAAACCAAUGUAGCUUUGUAAUAUUUGCGAGUUUGGUGUUGUUUUUUGGCAGGCAGCGGAAGUGAAAUCCAGUUUCUGUCAGAAGCUCAAGAUGACCCUCAGAAAAGGAAGCCUGACAUCAGGAAAGCCAAGUUACUACUUGGUUGGGAACCUGUGGUAUGUAAUUCUAGAGUUAACAGUGUUAUGUGCAAAUAUUUUUGAAAGGCAACACCAUCAAGAAAUGAAUAAUGCUCUGUGUUCCUUGCUGUGCAGGGCAAAUCUAAUGAAAUUCCUUCCAUGAUGUGCUACCUCCUUUUGGGAAGAGUUCUUCUCCACCCCCACCCCCACCCCCAAAAAAUCAAUAUUGCUGCUGCUCCUUGAUAGAUAAUAGCCACACGUCUGGUAUUCAUCUUUAAAACAAACAGCUAAGCUAGUUAAAUCUAGAGCAAAUAAGCAGGGGCCCUUGAGAGCGAAAGUGAUUUUAACAAAGGCAGUGAAGGAAAAUGUGUGUUUGUGGAUCUGACUCUGCUCCCACUGAAACAAGUUUUAUUGAACAGUAGGUCAUUAUAGAGUGGUAAUGAUUAAUGGUGCUUUCUACCUUUCGGACGGAGAUGCCUUGAGAAUCCUUAACAUCCAUUUUCUUAGCAGUAGCACUGCCUCGUAGGAAAGUAGAAUGCUGUGUGUGUGUGUGUGUGUGUGUGUGUGUGUGUGCAUGCAGGUUGGGUGUAGGUUUGAAAUUAAGCCUGUGUGAAGCUCUGCUAUUCCUCCCCCCCAGAAGCUAGUAUAGUUUUGUACUAUAUAGUUCAGUGGGGAGUAAACGCUAGAGGUGUGCAACAAAUAUCUGUCUGCCUUAGUUCAGACACAUUCUUACAUGUAUAAUUUAUCAUCGUUGUGGUUUUGAUUUUUUCAGAGAGCUUCCUUAGGUUGUACCCCACCCUGGUGUUGAUUUAAUGAAGAGCAGGUUAUAAAUUACCUAAAUAAAAUAAUAAAAGGGCAGUAGUUCAGUGGUGCAUUCUGUACACAAAUAACGCCCGUUGAGGUUUACUUCUGAGUUUUGGCUUGCAGCUAACUUGUUUCUAGGCUGCAUAUUUUGUAAGUAGGCAGAAGAAACAGAAAAGUAUUGGAGCAAGAGACUGAGAAUUCCUUACUCAGAAUAGAUAAUUGCUGCAAUCCUAGCUCCAGUUUAUUCCAGUGAGUAACAGUCCAAAAAUUCUGAGGGAGCUUGAUUAUUCAUUUUGCCAGUCGCAUUUUUCAUUAUCUGUGAGCAAGUGCCCCUGCAACAUAGGAAAUGGCAGGAAGUAAACUGGAUCUGCUGAAAGAGGUACAAAAAGGUAGGUAUGGCAAAGUUGGGCAUUCCACUUAUUAUGCCCUCAAAACCCACCAGUUCUCCUCAGGGAGAACUUUCGGAACCCAACUUACCAUCUUCCAGGUAGCUUUACAAAUUCCUAUAGGAACUCUUCACUCCUGCCUUAAGCUAUUGGAAGAGGUGGUGCCUGGAGAUUGUGAUACUUCCAACACACUCCACAGUUUUGCAACUUUUAUCACUUUGAUGAAUGCAGUACUCUAGUCUAUGGUUACUGCCAGAUUUCACUGCGGACACAAGUUGAAGAGGUCCCAAACUCAUGCCAUAGCAGUUUCUUCUUCUCUUUUCCCCCGUGGCCAGGGAUGAUGGGAGUUGUAGUCCAGUAAAAGCGGAAGAAAUAGAAGAGGGAGGUGUGCCUCUCUCCACCUCCAUAUUUUGCUAAUAAUGUAGAGGAGGAAUAAGUCAGAAGGGCCAAUUGAGAAUGUUGUACUUAAGGAUUGCCAGUUACCUACCUCCAAUGCUUUCCCCCCCCCCCAGUCCCAAAGGUGUGGGAAUGCACCUCUCUGAGAAGACCCAUCCCAGAGCCCAUCUUUGGGCUGGGGUGUGUGUGUCUCCUCGAGAGCCAGGCUCUAUCAUGCUCUGUUUGCAGUGCUGCCUCAGCCGGCUUUGCAUGGUCUGUCUUCCUCUUUUCCCCAGGAGGCAACUGUGGUGGAGGCAGGGGAGAUUGCGGGGGUGAUGGAAAUGUUCCUUUGCCCGCAUGCCUGAUCCCCCUGCCACUCAUACAAUCUCAGGCUCUGUAGUGCUUGCCUGAGCCUUUCCUCUUGAUGCAUUUGGUCUCCCUAAGAGGAAAGGUGCAGCGAACCUGCUCAGGAGAAGGCAGGCAAUUGCCAUCCAGCCCAGACACGUGCGGGCGAAGGAGCAGCCUGCUCCCCGACCCCGUGAACUCUCUUGAGAUCACAUGGGGUGGAAGGGAUUGAGUUUGGGCUACUCCUUCACUCAUGAUCUCCACCCCCAUUGAUCAGGAAAAGAGGCGGCCUGCCCCACUUUCUCAGGCCAGGGAGGCAGAUGGUAGAGUACCUUCACAGGCUUCCCCUGCCUGCCUGUUUUGCUGAAAAUCCUCAGCAAAGCCCUGCUGCACCUCCAACUCAUGAGGAGACCCUCUCUGAAAGGUGCCAGGACACCAUUCAAGCUGGGGGAAAACCCUCCUUCCUGCUUCAUAGAUUUUAAGGUAUGAACAGGCCAAUUGACAGAGCUACUAAGUUUUCGCGGAAAUUGCCACUGGAUGCAAAUGCUCUCUUAAGUUAUUUGGUGAAGUAUCUGUAAAUGCACCACCUAGAGCUCCUUGGAGGAACGGUGAGAUAUAAAUGCAUUAAGCAAAUUAAAUAAAUAACCCUGUUUGACAUACUUAUGACAAUCACAAUGAGCAAAUAAGCACUUUUAUAACUUGACUCAUUCGGCUGUAUCUCUCUUUGGUAACAGGUCCCGUUGGAAGAAGGCUUAAAUAAAGCAAUUCAUUACUUUCGCAAAGAAUUGGAAUAUCAAGCAAAUAAUCAAUAUAUUCCUAAACCAAAACCUGCCAGGAUAAAAAAAGGAAGAACCAGACAUAACUAAAAACUCUUUAAGUCGGAAAGGAAUUGAAAACCUUUCCUUGUGUUUGAAAGGUAUAAUUUGUCUUUUGUUAAAAAGACUUCUGAAACAGGUAUCAUGAAGAAAAACUGGAAAUUUCACUCUGAAGCUUGCUUUAAAGAAGUGGAUGUGCCUAAAUAAGAAAACUGCAAUCUUUGCCUUGCACUUUUUAAAUCUGUCUUUUUAUGUAAAAUAGGAUAGAAGCAUCCUUUUUUUAGUAUCUUCAAGUUUUUAUAUCUUGCUGUGAGAUCAUUUUGUUGUGACUGUCCUUGACAGUUUUAUUUACUGGUUUCUUUGUGAAGCUGCAGAUGGGAUGGGAAAAUGCCAAUUUAUUUAUAAAAAGUGGGUACUUUAAAUGAGAGAUACUAUGCAUAAAGAAAAAAAAGAGCAAGCAGUAUUGUCAGAUGAUUGAAAACACUGGCAUCUAGUAUUAUAGGAUUAUAAUAAAAAGAAUUCUGUAUGAGAGCUUUAUGUAUUCUUUUGAAAUUGGGUUUUCUCCCCCCAAAUGUUUAGUUCUAGUUGCACACUUGAAUUUGAAAAUAUUUUCACUGACUUUCAUGGAUAAAUGCUAUUUUAAAUCACUACUGUGUUGUGCACAAUCUGGGGGAAAGUUAAUGUAUUAUUGGUUACCAGUGGUUGAAUAUGCUAUUUUAAUAAAAUAUUGAAACUUACAAAUA